AGGCCGCGGCGGAGCUGGGGGAUUAAUGGGAAAAGUUUUGGCAGGAGCUGGAGGAUUCUGCGGAGCCUUCGGGACGGCGGCGGCGGCGGCGCGAGAGGCGACCGGGACAGCACUGUGCAGCGGUGCGGGUAUGCGUGUGGGACUCACUCGGCGGCUGCUGCUCACUGACAGAUGAAGACAAACCCACAGUAAAGGCGGUCCAUCUGCGCUCAGACCCAGAUGGUGGCAGAGCUAUGACCAGGCCUGCAGGCGCCACGCCAAGUGGGGGUCAGUCAUGGAGCAGCCACAGGAGGAGACCCCUGAGGCCCGGGAAGAGGAGAAAGAGGAAGUGGCCCCGGCUGAUGGAGCCCCAGAGCUCAAUGGGGGACCAGAGCACACGCUUCCUUCCAGCAGCUGCACAGACCUCUCCCAGAGUUCCUCCCCUUCCUCCCUGCUGGACCAGCUGCAGAUGGGCUGUGACGGGGCCUCUGGCGGCAGCCUCAACAUGGAGUGUCGGGUGUGCGGCGACAAGGCCUCGGGCUUCCACUACGGGGUCCAUGCUUGCGAGGGGUGCAAGGGCUUCUUCCGCCGGACAAUCCGCAUGAAGCUCGAGUAUGAAAAGUGCGAUCGGAUCUGCAAGAUCCAGAAGAAGAACCGCAACAAGUGUCAGUACUGCCGCUUCCAGAAGUGCCUGGCGCUCGGCAUGUCGCACAACGCUAUCCGCUUUGGACGGAUGCCAGAGGCCGAGAAGAGGAAGCUGGUAGCGGGGCUGACGGCCAGCGAGGGGUGCCAGCUCAACCCCCAGCUGGCCGACCUGAAGGCCUUCUCUAAGCACAUCUACAACGCCUACCUGAAAAACUUCAACAUGACCAAAAAGAAGGCCCGGAGCAUCCUCACCGGCAAGUCCAGCCACAGCGCACCCUUUGUCAUCCACGACAUCGAGACACUGUGGCAGGCGGAGAAGGGCCUGGUGUGGAAACAGCUGGUGAACGGGCUGCCGCCCUACAACGAGAUCAGCGUGCACGUGUUCUACCGCUGCCAGUCCACCACGGUGGAGACGGUCCGGGAGCUCACCGAGUUCGCCAAGAACAUCCCCAACUUCAGCAGCCUCUUCCUCAACGACCAGGUGACCCUCCUCAAGUACGGCGUGCACGAGGCCAUCUUUGCCAUGCUGGCCUCCAUCGUCAACAAGGACGGGCUGCUGGUGGCCAAUGGCAGUGGCUUUGUCACCCACGAGUUCUUGCGCAGUCUCCGCAAGCCCUUCAGUGACAUCAUUGAGCCCAAGUUCGAGUUUGCUGUCAAGUUCAAUGCGCUGGAGCUCGAUGACAGCGACCUGGCGCUUUUCAUCGCGGCCAUCAUUCUGUGCGGAGACCGGCCAGGCCUCAUGAAUGUGCCACAGGUAGAAGCCAUCCAGGACACCAUUCUGCGGGCUCUAGAAUUCCAUCUGCAGGUCAACCACCCUGACAGCCAGUACCUCUUCCCCAAGCUGCUGCAGAAGAUGGCUGACCUGCGGCAGCUGGUCACUGAGCAUGCCCAGAUGAUGCAGUGGCUAAAGAAGACGGAGAGUGAGACCUUGCUGCACCCCCUGCUCCAGGAAAUCUACAAGGACAUGUACUAAGGCCGUAGCCCAGGCCUUCCCGCAGGCUCUGCUGGCCCCAGCCACGGACUGUUCAGAGGACCAGCCCACAGGCACUGGCCACAGCCCAAGCAGCUAGAGCCUACUCUCAACACUCCAGACACGUGGCCCAGACUCACCCUCUCUGCCCAGCACCCUUGCUCUCCCGCCUUGCCUUCUCUGGCAUCCUGCUCCUCCCCGCCCAUCCCCACUGUCUGUCUGAUUCAUAGCCCAUUGGUACGCUCACCAGCAGCCUAGAAGCAAUGGCGCUUGCACUGGCCUCGCCUCUGUCCCCUCUUCGAAGACAUGAGCCAUCCAAAGAAACACUACGCUCUUCCUGGGCCCAGCUUUCCAAGAAGCCUGGCCUGGACUGACUGCCAUCCCAGCCUGUGGUGACCAUCACAGACUUCCUCCUGCAGAGAGCGGGCAGGUUAGCCUGGGCUGGGAGCCAUAUUCCCAGGUUGUCUCAACCCAGGGCACCCCAAUCUCACUCUGAUACCCUCCUUUCUUCUUGCCAGUGCCCUAGGCCAUUGUCACUGAUGGCCGUUAUGCUGCUCUGGAGAUGUCCCCCGGAGAUGCACUCCAACAGCCCACUGAAAGGAAGGAGGUUAGAGGCUGGCCAGAAGGAGCAGCAGCACACUUAGGUCCCAGGGCUAGAAGCUAGACAGCGAGUGGGAAGGCCCCCCAUCAGCACCUCUCCUCUACCCUGUAGCAGCUUCCAGACUGGCAGAACCAGGAACUGGACUAUAGCUGGUCUUUCUUCCUGGAAGACACUGGCACACCUGCCCCCUGCAUGGCACCCUGACACCGGCUCAUCUCUCUGUCACCACAGAGCUCCUGCCAUGCCCUCCCCAAGGCCACUGGGGUACAGCUAUGGCCCUGUUCCUAGGAUUGAGGGUCCAUAAGCAGGCGGGGAUGUCCUGCCAGGUCACAGACAGAGUUGCCAGGGCUCCUCCGACCCUGUCCCUGUCCCACUCGUGCACACCAGCAGCUCUGUGCACAUCUCCUUUCUGCCUGGCUGGUCACCAGCUCCCAGCUGCUGCUUCAAGUGUGAAGCCUGUGGGUGCUCCCACACUCUGCCCAGCCCCCUCCAGGCUCUCCUGAGACCAAGGGCUGAGCCCGGCCCAGCAGAUUCUGCCACAGCCCACAGGGAGCCACCAGCCAGGCCCUGAGAAAAGCAUUGGAUGCCUGGGUGCCUGGGCUUCAAGGCUGACAUCCUGGCUCCCCAUCUGGUCCUCUGUGUCUUGGGGAGGUCAUCAGCACAGCCUGGGCUCCUGCCAGUGCAGUGGCCUGCUGCCAUUACUCCCUGCUGGCACACGCCCUUCCCCCCACCUCUACUGAUCAGAUCUUGGGGUGUUCCCUGUGGGGCUCAGGCUGUGAAUGGAGCUGCACACCCCGCCCUGCCCCUACCCACCCUGCCCCGCCCCCACCCAGCUCUGGUGCUGAGGAUGCAGCUCCUCUCAGGGUCUGAAGUCUCCAAAACUGAAAUGUAUAUUUUUGCUAGGAGCCCCAGCUUCCUGUGUUUUUAAUAUAAAUAGUGUACACAGACUGAUGGGACUUUAAAUAAACGGGAAUUAAAUAUUUAAGAGUUGACUUGAA